GGCGGUUGAAAUUCUCGCGCCGUACUGAGGGCAAAUUCGUAAUUCAACUCCAUUUUCAGACACGCAGAGAUCAAAGAAAAAGAAGAAAAGGAAGAAAAAGAAAAGAAAACUCGAAAAUCAAAAUCCAUGGAGGUUUUGCGCCGAACCAUGGCAACGACUGAGCCACAUACAGAGCUCGCUCCUUUUUGUCUUUAAUGGAGUGAAUACGGCUUCGUUUCUGUCCAAUGCGUGAUCGUUACGUCGUUUUCAUUGCCCUAGACCUCUUCUUCAAUCGAUAGUUUGACUUGCUGUUUCUCUAUUUUUUUUGUGUAUCCACAUUUUGUUGUGUUGUUGUUAUAAUUUUUGGCGUUGAUUUGAUGCAAUGACGUUCCGUCAAUCGCUUUCAUCGUUUGUUUAUUGUUUGAUCGUGAUAGCCGCUCUUCCGAUUUUUUUAUUUUUUUUUAAUUGUACAUCUGAGUGAGGGUUUAUCUUCUUUAAAUUAGUAUAGAUGCAAUCAUGGAAAUUGGUUUACUACGAACAGGAAUGGCGGAGGUUGCGAAAUUGCUGUACAUAGUUGUGGUGGAUGAGGGAGAAAAGCUAGAGAAGGAGAAAGGAUCUUUCAGGUACACUCGUCACGUUCUACAGAGUACUCUACAGCUUAUGGGAUGCAAACCGCGACAUGCUUUCAAGAUAAGCAAAUGGGUAUUUGAAUUGAUAAGAAAGGAAGCUUCAACUGAUGUUUUUCUCCCUGAAAAGAGUGACAUAUUGGGAUUGGUUUCUUUGGUUGGACAAGGACAAAGUGAAAAUGAUACUGAUUAUUACCAUAAUUGUUUUGAUGGAAAGGAGAUUUUCGACAAUUUGGGUUCAAGAGAAGGUGAUAAUAGCAAGAAUAUUCCAUUCGAGUUAUAUAAAAAAAGCAGGACUGCUGUUGUUAAAAGAGAAACUUUCCUAGAUGUUAUUUGUGAUUCUCUGGCCAAGUACAAGUACGUCGGUCCCAACCAGAGGGCAGACUUGAUCUUGGCAUGCAGAAUUCGAGAAAGGAAGGAGUCUGUAACUGUGCUGUUAUGUGGUACUAGCGGCUGUGGCAAAUCCACUUUGUCAGCGCUGCUGGGUAGUAGGUUGGGAAUUACAACGGUGAUUUCAACCGACUCUAUACGACACAUGAUGAGGAGCUUUGUGGAUGAGAAACAAAAUCCUCUGCUCUGGUCAUCAACCUACCAUGCUGGGGAAUUUUUGGAUCCUGUGGCUGUAGCUGAAUCUAAGGCUAGGAAGAAAGCAAAAAAAUUAGCUGGAAUUUCACACAAACACAUGAAGGAUGAAACUUCUGAUGGUUUGAUUACCAUAAGCUCAGACAACCAAUUAAUAGGGUUAGCAAAAGUACCGAACAAUUUGGAAUUAAUCAGUCCAAAGCAGAUGGCUAUUGAAGGAUUUAAAGCCCAGAGUGAGAUGGUGAUAGAUAGUCUUGAUCGUCUUAUUACUGCAUGGGAAGAUCGGAAAGAGUCAGUAAUUGUUGAGGGAGUUCACUUAAGCUUGAGUUUUGUGAUGGGACUAAUGAAAAAGCACCCGUCAAUUAUACCAUUCAUGAUCUACAUAGUGAAUGAGGAAAAACACUUGGAACGAUUUGCAGUACGUGCCAAGUAUAUGACACUGGACCCAGCAAAAAACAAGUAUGUGAAGUAUAUUCGAAAUAUCAGAACAAUUCAGGACUAUCUCUGCAAGCGGGCUGACAAGCAUCUUGUCCCAAAAAUAAACAACACCAAUGUUGACAAGAGUGUUGCUGCCAUUCAAGCAACAUUGUUCAGCUGUCUUCGGAGGCGUGAAGCUGGGGAGCAGCUUUAUGAUUCCUCGAGAAAUACUGUUAGUGUAGUCGAUGAGGAGUACAGAAAUCAGUGUGUAGCAUAUUCAUUGAGUUCCAAGGGUAUGUUUCAGAUGAUCCAAAGGAAAGGUUCUAAGCAUUUGAUGGCUCUGGUUAAUACUGAUGGAUCGGUGGCAAAGGCUUGGCCUGUUGAUUCAGUUGAUAGCAAUGGGAAACCUCUCCUGGGUCUCAAGGCAGAUGAUAGUUCAGGGAAUUUGAUGUUUGGAUCACUUCAGAUUGGUAAGGUUGAACCAGUUAAUCUUCAAUUUGGUCUUUAUGGCAUCAGUGCUUGGCCAAGUAGUGGUGGCCCUAGUCAUGCUGGUAGUGUUGACGAGUCGAGGGCUGAAGGGACUGAUACUGGUAGUAGAUAUUUUUCAUCCUGCUGCAGUUCUCCCAGGAUUUUAGAUGGCCCUUCAAAGGAGCUCAAGGAGGAUAUUUCAGUUCAUGGUAGUGACGAAGAGGUUGAUGAUCCACCAGAGUCUGGCAGUGAUGAAGAUUUUAGUGAUGAUGGUGGCAAGAUUAUUCAUGAAGAGAUAGGAUCAGUUGAUGAGGAAUCUUCAAAAUCAGAUGAAGAGUACGAUGAUCUGGCAUUGCAGGACAUCCUAGAUAAUGGCUACCAAUCAGAUGAAGACAACGAGGAGAUUAAAAAAAAUUGUGAAGAUGAUUUUAGGUAUCAAUUUAGACUCAAAAAAGGACUCAAGUGUAACCAAAACCUGGAACCGUUCCAACAGAGUAAGAAGGGGACAUUUUAGCCCCUCACCUCUUAUAUCUAUGCAUACAGAGAAGAAUGAAGCAGUUUGCUGACUUGUGAAAAUCUCAAAAAGAAAAUUCUACCAAGCCAUUCCAGACUUGUGCAAGAAUUGGUUAGCUGCUGAUGUUCACAAAUUCAACCUGGAGCUCCAGGUAGCUAAUUUCUUUC